AUGGCCUCCUUCUUUCAGCCUCCUCUGUCAGGAGACCCAGCAAUCGAGAAUUGCAACAACAACACACCCUGGGAGAUCUACUGCAACUCCAUCCUACCAAGCAAGGACCGCCUCGUCAGCCCGGUUCAGUGGUUCACAUUCGUACUGGCCGUUGUCUCCCUCGGGAUCCCGACCCUCCUGUAUCUGGGGGAUCGGUCAUUAAAGUCGCUGCGGGCGUGGAACAAGUCGAGGAAAAGCUCAAAUAAGGCAAAAACGCUGGAAAGGGCCAAGGCGCUGGAGCCGUCGCCGUGCUUGGAUCUGUCGGCGGUGCAGUCCUACUGUAUUUUUGGAAAGGACAGCCCUGUCCCGAACCUGGGGAAGACGAGUGCUGACCAUGACCUCCUCGUCGUCGCCCUGCCGUUCCUCGCGGCGGCCGCCGCCCUCGACGACACGGACCAAGGCUCAUUUUCCGAGACGUCGAGCACCAUCGCCGGCGUGCCGGCAUCGACGCCGGUCCUCGGGUUAGUCGACGGCCAGGACCUGUCCUCAGAGAGCGUGUCAGGGCCCGCGGCCUCUCACACGGUGGACUACCUCUUCAACAUAUACAGCGACAACGCUGUGGUGGGCCUUGUCAUCGAUGUCGGCCUGCUCAGGGACGAUGACGUGGCAUCCGUCCCUGACAUUCUCAUCCGGCUGUGCGAGCUCCAGGUGCCCGUGGUGCUCAAGUGCCACCACGACAGCAGGGUCCUCAAGGCCGUCAACCUCAAGUUCCUUGCAGGCAUCAUCGUCGAGAAUGCCUGUAUCCUUGAGGACGGGAAGAGGAGGGACUACUUCCGCUCCCUGGCGCUGCGGGACGUCAUGGCCAAGUGUGCGGACCAGCGGAUAGAGCGACCGAGCUUCUUUGUCGGCUUCUUUGAUCGCUGGAACAGCCGCCCGUCGGCGGCCGUGGUGCGUAGGUCCGCGAAGCUUGCCGACCACUUCGCGGCAGUACUCGAGCAUGGGCCGGUGCCGUCGCCGACGAGCUCACCGAGCGCUGCCGUCAGGAUGCCGACGAGCUUGAGUGCGUUCGAAUACCUGCGGCGGACUGAGACGUCCGAGCUGCAGAGCUCGUGGAUGCAACGAAAGCGCAUCACACACGUUGGAAAUGGGCGUCGGGACUCGAUCGAGAAGGUCGCCAGCCUGCCGUUUGGCGAACUGCAGCAGCUCAUCCCAAACAUCGACGAGCUCCUCAGGCCGCUCCCUCUGCCCGAGGACCUGCAGGCCUUGAGGGUGGAGCGACCUAUCAAAGUGUCGCCCCCGGACUAUGUCCCCGACGGGCCGUACCGUGAGGACUGGGAGCGCACAUCCCAGGGGGAGCAGAUAUCACUCUACGGCUGUGUGCCUCUGCUGAGCGAGCCCACGACUGCCCAGCACGAGGCCAUACUGGACACCCAGAUCCAUCUCCGGAACCUGAAGAUGCUGCAGCGCAUCACGGAUGCCGAAUUGACGAAGCUCAUCCAGGCCCUCGAGCAGUUCUCGGCCGCCUCCAAGUACGCCGACCUCGUCGGCAACCUCGUCGGUGGGCUCAAGCAGCGGAGGAUCUUCAUCUACAAGGGCCUCGGAAGCGCGGGUUCACAAUGCCCGACAACACUGCUGAAUUCUGGGGCGUUUCCGCCGCGCACAAGCGACAUCGCCACGAUCCUGCACACGUGGCUGGCACACCACGACGUCCCCCGCAUUGAGCGGUACGAGGAAGAGCUCCAGUUUGAGCGCACGCUCAACCCGGGGCUCGACGAGGUCGCCCUGCCCCUCAGCAUCAGGAACCAGAUCGAGACCGCCACCCCGGCCGAGACGCUGUUCUUGCUGGAGCAGAUCAAGGUGUCCGACAUGACACACCAUUUCAAGUACGGCAUCGAGGAGCACUGCCGCUCAGUCCUCCUGGACCAGGCCGCGACGGAGUCAUGGAACCACGCGGCGUCUCAGGGGAUCCUGAGCGGGUCGGCAGACAUGGAGACACUGUUCCGCCGCCGGUCUCAGGACUUUGUACGGCUUGGGGCAAACAGGCUCCCUUCCAUCGCUAACCUGCUGCUGCUCUCCCGCUACGUCGACAGGAUCGUGGUCGACGCCCUGUUUGCGGGAGACCGUGAGAGGCUCAACAUGCUCAACGACUCGCUGCUGCACGCCUAUGACCCCUGGGGCUCAUGGACGUCGGACUGCGAGUACGUCGACGUGAAUGCGGAUCUCUUCGCGCUCAUCUUCUUCUCCGCAUUGCGAAAGGGCGCCUUUGAGGACGUCUACAUCGAGACCACGGACCGCUGCCCCUUCUUCCUCUCCCAGCCCGACCAGGCCGCCGUGUUCUCGGAGCUCUGGGCCCUCGGCUCCCAGUGUGAGUCUUACUUCGGCAUGCCCCCUCGAGAUUUGGGCGAAAUCAUCUACGACCGCUAUCGCAAGUUCCUUGGGGAGCACCCUCCGCCGGAGGGGUUCAAGGACAAGAAGAUCAUGACAGUCUUUUCCAAGCCGGAUCCAGGUUCUGCGGGAAGCGAUGAGAUGGAUCCAGACGGCCCUUCGCGGAAGGGUUUCGUCAAGACGGUCACCCAACUCCGCAAGAAGUUCGCAGAAUUCGGCGCGCUUUCCAUCUUCUGCCUCCCCGCCAUCAUCGACAUCCUGCUGCUGACCUUCCUUGGCCGCGGCCUGUUCAUGACCGCGUGGCUUGGUAACGAGCACCUCACUGCCGCAUGUUAUGCGCUGUUGAUGUCGCUGCUGAUCUCUGCCGGUGUCACUGGCUGGGUUGGAAGCAUCGGGAACUACUAUAUUUGCAAUUACGCCUACGACAACAUGAUCUACUUCCAUGUGCAGCGACUUUCAGGCGGCUUCGUGCUCACCGUACUUGUUGGGAUCGUGGGCUUCAUCAUCUUCACUGUCAAGGUCAACGUCGGCACCGGCAUUGUUUUCAUUCUGUAUCUCAUUGCCAUCUCGAUGUAUCUGAACGUGCUAGGCGUCAUGGCUACGAUGCACCAGCAUGGCAGUCCACUCACUUCGGGCCGCACCGUCCUGUGGCGUACGAUCCCAGUGUUCUUCCUUUCGCCACUCAUUUCGACCUUUGUCCCUGGCCACGACGUGGAAGUCUACCUACCCGUGAUCUACGGCUUUCUCGUCAUAAUCCUCUUCCAAUACCGACAGCUGUGCCAUGAGUGGUCGAAUUGGAUGACCAAGAUCCCUCGCAUCACAGAGAAAGAUAUCAUCAGCUGGUACAACACCAAGAUGGAGGCCAGCGCGGAGGAGGAAUCAUCCGAGAUGGUCUCAGAGACAGGCAAGUGCCUCGCGAGGACAAGGACGAAGACGGAGGAAAACCUGUCUCCCGAGGCCAAAAAGAAACUGGCACUGCUGGCUUUCCGCCAGCAAGUCGAGGCAUACAGUGACGGUAUACUGGGCUUCGGCAAGACCAAGCUUGCCGAUCCUGUGGUGGUGCGUGUCGCCCAGGGCAUGCCAUAUCUGGACUGGCUUCUGAAAAAGGACGAUCCUGCGAGGCCCAGGGCGGAGACCCUGACCACUGGCUGGUUCGGCCAGGUUAACCAGGCCUUGAAAACGCAGGAGCAGCUUGCCCAGGGUCUCAAGGAACACAACAUUUUCAUCUUGUUCCGAUACGCCCGCUUCGAUAUCGGGUCCAGCGUCGGCCUCUUCCUGGUUGCGCUUAUGGACAGAUGGGUCAGUAUCGUCAUGAGCGCCCGCAACGAACCCAUCAUCAUUUUCACCGAUGACACGGCCCGCUACGCCAUCUGCUUUGCCAUCCUGUACUUUUGCUCCUCGGUCAUGACGCUCGAUGGGACGCUGCAGAACUACUGGUCGGGCAACUACACCUUGUCGGAGGAGAAGCUGACCGACUUCGACCACGCCCGGCUUGUCCAGGAGGACUGGGAGAGGAGCCGCCGGCGCAAGUAUGUGGGCGCCCUGCUCGAGCUGUCCCAGAGACUGGUCUUCUGGCUUGGCUUCUCCUCCAUCUUUGUCUGGCUUUUUGUCAAGGACCAGCAGCUCAUCGUUCUGUACUACGCCUACGUCAUUGCCUACACCGCGGUCAUGAUUUUCCAGUUCAACCGAUGCUUCACCACCGAUGUCAAAUACCACGUCGGCUCCAUUCUCUCCGGCGCCGUGGCGGGCUUCGUCGUCGGCUGCACCAUCCAUGGCAUCUACGGCAAACAGCAGCCGUUCUACACAGACGUGAUCGCCUUGAACACGGCUGCAAUCAUGGCCGCUGUCCUGACGACCUUCUUCGUGUGGAAAGACCUGCAUAUUCAGAAGCCAGUGCGGAAGAACCAUGUGCCCAGCGGGGUCUCGACUGGGUGGACGCAGCCCCGUCUGUCCAACCCGAGCAUGGCAGUCUCGGAGACUUCCGAGGUCGCCACCUGGAAAGACCUCCCCGGGAACAAGGUCACGGUCAAUUCUUCGAACCUCAUCUGCGAUAGGAUCCCGGAGUUGCUGCGCCUUGGCAUUGGGCAGCCCAACGUGCAUGCCCAGAACGCAGCGUGGUCCGAGGACGUCCUGAAGGUUGCACUCGAGAUGUGGAAGGCGGGCAGGAUUGAGCUGAAUCUCAGCACCCGCACUUCCUUCAUCGAGAUGGGCUUCGGCAGCUCAAUGUCCUUCAGCCGGUACGACGGCAACAUGCUGGAGAUCUCGACAGGUUACCUCCUGGAGGACGAGAUCAAUGUUCCGACAUGGCAGCCCCUGCUCGCUUACUUUGCCACCGAGGCCAUCCUUUUCCACACCGCUCGUGCAAUAUUCCACAUGGACCGCCAGCGUGCCAUCCAGGCCGAGCAUUUCCUCCACGAGACGGAGCAAUUGUCUCGACGCAUCGACUUCGAGCUGUCGACGUCCGACUUGCCCACUCUCCUUGAGAUCCAGCGCAAGACCAAUCUCAAGAUCAUGAAGCACCUCUGCCUCGGCAUCCAUGUCGACAGCAAGUGGCGUGAUCUACCGCCCUAUGUCCGCGAGGUCAUCUUCUGCCGCAUCCUCGGUGACCCCGUGUCGGUGUCUAGGGACCUGCAUCAGUUCAUGGCCAACCAGUCCAUCGACCUGCAGACCUCGGAUUUCCACCUUGAGACUGCCCUGACCAUCUACCAAAAGACACUAGAGCGUGAGCACAUCAACGCCGACUACUCGCUGGAGACGGGCACAGCGCCGCUUUCCAAGUCAGAGCUUCACUGCGCGCCAGUGCACAUGGGGCCUCGCCAGCAGACUUUCUUCUUGGGUCUUGUCGAGACCGUCUCGUCCAUCCCGAACACGUUCACCAAGUGGGUCGGCAUCAUCACCGGUGCCGGCUCGGACGUGGAAAGGGAGUUGUGGUACAAUUUCCGGUACUCGUACGCGCGCGGACCGAUCCUGUGGGUGAUCCUCACGUUCUGGCGAUUCUGCUGGUUCCUUAAGAACAUCUGGGUUUACGUCCUUCUCAUCUACCACCGCAAGAACCUGGUGCGCAUUUCCCGCCUCGCGAAGAAGGGGGCGUCCAGGACACUCGUCAAGGACAGGGUUGUUGUUGAACAGCUGAGGAAGGUCAUCACUGGCUUUGCGGCACACAACGAGCAGAACUCCAUCACCCUGGAGAUCUUUGACAAGCAGCUCUCGACCCGUCCCACCGAAGUAGAGCCCGUGUCCACGGCAGUGUACGACAAUGCCUUCCGACUCUCGAACCGUCAGGACAAGGCGACUGGCAAGAACAAGAAGGCGAACCCCUGGAUCUUCUCCACGUACAACUACGGUGAGGACACCCGCACGAGGUGGCCAGCCUUCAAGGAGGUUGUCGAGGGCCAGAACUACAAGAAGUGCUAUUACGACAAGUACGGGCGCGUCACCCACGGCGACAUGAUCUUUGGCGACAAGGAAUACGAGUUCACCUACUCGUACAAGUCCAGCCCCAAGAGCAGUCACGAAAUCCUCCGUGCCGAGUUCAAGCUUGCAAAGUCCGACAAGAAGGACAGCCUGGUCGUCUACUGGGGCGUGCCUCUGCGUGCUGACGUCGGCACGAAACUCGACUGGGUGCCCUCGGACCGCGUCUGUCGAAUGGUGCGCAAGAUCGACGCCAAGACGUACACAACCACCAGCAACUAUGCCCACCGGCGUGACCCGACCAUGGUCACCGUCAUGGAGGAGAACGGGGCGCGCUGCCUGAUUGCGCAGCCCCCGCAGGUCUUCCCGGAGGAGCAGAUGAUGCAGACGCGGCCGACCGACGUAUUUUUCGAGAACGACGAUCUGUUCAUCCGGCACCGCAGGGCUGACGUGCGCCGCAUCUACAAGUACAUCGGUAGCAACCGUGCUGUCAAGUCCCUGAGGACCGUCAUCAACCCCGGUGCGUGGAACUACUGGCACAAGAAGAAGGUCUACUCUCGCGUGCCCACCUGGUGGCUCCGGACCGAGCUCUGGAACAACUGGCUCAAGUCCAACUCGCUUGACGGAAUCACCGCGUGCUGGAUGGACGAGUUGAUCCUGCGCGAGGAGCCCACACUUCUGAAGUACUGGUCCUACCGCUCGUCCGGGCAGCUGACGGCCGCGAAGAAAGAACUCGACGAGAACAUUGAGCGGAUCGUCGCCGCCAUCGAGCUCGAGAAGGACGUCUCGGAGGUCUGCAUGCUGCCCAUCAAGGCCUCUGACCUCUAUGCCAUGGGGCUGGGCAAGGACGCAAAUCAGAUGACGACUCGCCCGGAGGACUGCUUCAAGGACACCCAGGAGCGCAUCUCGGUCAUCUUCAACGACGUUGGCUGCUGGCCCGAAUCGCCUGGUGGCGUCUCCAACUGCCGGCGCGAUCUCGUCAACGGCCACAGCACCAUCCGGAACCACGUCCUUGCCGAGUCUGCCAACGAGUACGGUAUCCCUCGCUUCCAGAUCGAGAAGAACGUCCAGUCACUAAAGAUCCUGCCUCUGUGGGGCUUGGACGGCAAGACGCCCAACCAUGGUGUCAUCGACAACCUCCUCCAGUCCGAGGUUGACCGCAAGAUCGGGAACACCGAGAUCAAGCGGGACAUCAUCAACACCUUCGUGCCCCUGCUCAAGCAGUUUGUCAAGGGGGCCAGGUCGCGCCACAUAGACCGGCCGGGGCUCCUGCACUACAGCAACAUCAUGCUCACCAUGUUCAAGUUCUUUGAGCACAAGGACUACAACGAGGCAUACAACAGCAAGGAGGUCGCUGCCGCGUGGGCCGAGGCAUGGCUGGAGAGCUACGACGACGCCGACAUCACGGACCCUUCCGACUGGUUCGAGCUGUCCCGCCCGAGCAUGACGGACUUUAGGGACGCGCUGGCCAUCUACAAGUCGUACUUCUUCAUCUUCAGCGUCCAGUCUCCCGAGAACUGCCCCCAGGUGUUCCAGAGCACCCACCAUGGCAUCAGCAGCCUGUUCGGCAUGCUGCUCAAGUACAAGCGAGGCACCACGUUCGGCAUCUGGGACCACGCCAUCCUCUGGCGGGAGUGCUGCCUCAACAUCUCGCCCGCGCAGUGCGAGCUCUCGAUCCCGGUGCAGUCCAUGCUCCUUGCCGGAAUCGGCCUGGCAACAAAGCUGGCUUACUUCCACGCCGAUGUCAUCCUGCCUUGCACCUCCUUCUUCAACCCCAUCUGGGAGGCUGAUCUUGGCACCGACAUGGGCAAGGUCAGCCACAGGAACCAGUUCCGCCGCAAGAUCGACCCCAUUGUGAACGGCGUCGGGAACAUGGACGCGUUUGAGCCGGUGGAUCACGUCCGCACCGAGGUGCCGACCGUCAUCAUGCUGUCCAACGUCCAGUUCAUAAAGGACGUGCGGACGGCAAUCCUGGCCGCCGACGUCAUCAUCAACAAGUUCGGCUUCAAGGACUACAAGCUCGUCGUCUACGGUGCCCAAGACCGGGAGCCGAGCUAUACGAUCGACAUGGUGAAGCUCAUCCAGCAGUGCAAGAUGUCUGACAAGGUCAUCCUGGGCGGGUUUGGCCGGCCGCAGGAGGUUCUCAAGGAUGCCUGGCUGUUCAUGAACUCGUCCCUUUCCGAGGGUCUGCCUCUCGCCAUCGCCGAGGCUGCGCUUGCGGGCGUGCCCAUCGUUGCCACCUCGGUCGGCGCCACGGCGCUGGUCCUGACAGACCCCGACGACCAGGACCGCAAGUACGGCGAGGUCGUCCCACCCAACGACCCCGUGGCGCUCGCCCGCGCACAAAUCGCCAUGCUGUCCAUGGUGGGGCCGUGGUCCAAGUUCACGGGCGAGGUCGGCGACAAGGAGGCCGUGCCCGCCAGCCUCUCCCUGCCGGACGUCAUCAGGGACUCGGACGUCGAGUGGCUCACCCGUCGCAUGUACGAGAAGGCCGAGUUCCGCCGCGAGCUUGGCAUGCUCUCGCGCGGUGUCGUCCUCAAGGGGUUCCAUGGCGAGCGUUACCUGCGCGAGCACGAGCAGAUGUACUGGAUCCAGUGGCACAUGGCCCGCAUGCGCGCCGACGAGGCGCUCAUGGCGCCUGCCAACCGCAGCUUCAGGUUCGGGGCGACCGUCCCGCUGCGGUAUAGUGAUGUCUCCGAGGAGGAAAUGUGGGCCGAGACAGAAGACUGGGGUGUGCUGGACGUGAGCGAGAGGCCUGGCCAGAACGGCAGCCGCGCUGUGGACGAUUCGAGGGCGGGUCGGAACGCUGGCGGUCUUCUGAGCCGUGCGAACGGCGCAGCUCUUGCGCUGAGUAGGAAACGGUCGGAGGUUGAGCAAACAGCCGAGGAGACCAUGGGUUGA